GAUUGGCCACCGUAAGUAGCCAUAUUUCGAACUCGUAGUUCAUUUCCUUCGGUUUUUAAUUGUUUUUGUUUACCAACCCGUAAGUAAGUCAAUAACGCAUUUUUGGUCCUUUUAGUCUGUCCCUCGUCGCGUAUAUUUUCCUGUUACGAACAAUGCCGGUGCACUCCCGAGAAAAGAAAGAGAGCAACCACGAAGAAAUGGAGGUGGACUACCCAGAGCAGGAGGCGAGCAGCUCGGACGAGGAGGACACGGAAAGCUCGUCGGUUUCUGAAGAUGGGGACAGCUCAGAGAUGGACGAUGAAGAUUGCGAGAGGAGGAGAAUGGAAUGCUUAGACGAAAUGACAAACCUAGAGAAGCAGUUCACAGAUUUGAAAGACCAGCUUUACAAGGAAAGACUAAGUCAGGUAGACAUCAAGCUGCAGGAGGUCAUUGCUGGCAAUGCCGCAGAGUACCUUGAACCCCUCGCCAACCUGCAGGAGAACAUGCAGAUCCGAACCAAAGUAGCAGGGAUCUAUAGGGAGCUCUGUUUGGAGUCGGUGAAGAACAAGUAUGACUGUGAGAUCCAGGCUGCCUUCCAGCACUGGGAGAGUGAGAAGCUGCUGCUGUUCGAUACGGUGCAGAGCGAGCUGGAGGAGAAGAUUCGAAGACUGGAGGAAGACCGUCACAGCAUAGACAUUACCUCAGAACUGUGGAAUGACGGACUGCAGUCUAGGAAAAACAAGAAGAAAGACCCCUUCAGCCCAGACAAGAAGAAGAAACCAGUGGUUGUUUCAGGACCCUACAUUGUUUACAUGCUGCAAGAUCUGGACAUUCUUGAAGACUGGACCGCUAUCAGAAAGGCAACUGCUAGCUUGGGGCCUCACAGAGUGAAGACAGACGUCCCUGCCAAAAACGAGAAGCACCAGCACAGCGUGCGGUCCGAAGACGGGCGCCUUUUUUACGACGGCGAGUGGUACAGCCGGGGCCAGGCAAUAUGCAUCGAUCGGAAGGACGAGUACCCCACCAGCGCUGUCAUCACGACGAUCAACCACGACGAGGUCUGGUUCAAGAGACUUGACGGCAGCAAGUCGAAGCUCUACAUCUCUCAGCUGCAGAAAGGCAAAUACACUAUCAAGCACUCUUAGGGGCCCGGGCCUCGGCCUGGCCCCGCCUCUUCUGUGUUGCCCCAGUGACUCUGAUGACAGGCUGUGUCCUGUCUUUACGCUACCCGUACCUGUAGUUGAACAGCAGCCCCUUGGAGACAUUUACUCUUCCCUCCAGCUGCGAGAUGAUCGUCAGUCACGGCUCUGAUCUCGCAUGUGUGGGGUCGCGACUCUCCAUGCCUUGCAUUUGCAGGCCGUGCUGCUAGUGGUGAGAUGGCUGCCAAGGGGAACGAACCAGGGACUGGGGGAAGCUAAUAUUUGGCCCGCGGCAGUGGAUCCGUGCACGUUAUUACUUAGUAGUUCGCUCGGAUUCGACCAUGUGAGCUAAAAAUGCGGUGGCGAGGCUCUGAGUGCCUCCCGGGAAUCGCACCGUUCCUCCUCACUGCAGCAGCCCUUGCCAAACGGUCUCCAUAACACCGUCACUGCGCGUCUUGCCGGCACCCACGCAUGGGGCCGACUUUUCUGCUAUUUCUAUUCUCUCUCUACUCCUCUCUCUCUCCAGUUCCUUUCGGUCCUCCUCCAUGCAGUAUUAUGUGGUGUAUUGGAGCUGCGUCCUCGACCCGCUUCAGCCUCCGGUUCAUGUCACAUGACCAGUUGACCUUAUCAGGUCCCCCCAGAAUGGGAUGGGAAAAUUCCAGUUUAGAUUGACCUUCUCAGAGGAAAUCUCUACUCUCUUUCUGUCUGUUUACAGGAUUUGUUUUCAAAUGCUUGUCAUGUCACACAAAUAUUACAUAUUCUCCAUGUUUCACACAUGCUUGUGUUUUCCUUCAUUGCAUUUGUAAAAAAAAGAUUUGGAGUCAGUUGCCUCAUUUGCUGCAGAGAAGUCCCCCUUAGCCUAGUAAACUCUUGGCCCAAAGGAUGGUUUUCCUGCAGUUGAUUUUUAUUGUCGGGACACCCACGUCCUCCUCGCCGGCUGAUCGAGGUCGUCAGUGCCGGCAGGGGCGAAUAUAGCUGAUGGGAGGUGUGGGAUCCGAACCCAACAGACCGCGGCCAGGCCGCAGUGAAGCAUCCGGUCUGCCCCCCGGCCCUCUGAUGGCUGAUGGGCCCCCUCAGGCAGUGCUGGAAAUGCGGGGUCGCCUCGACUCCUUCAAACCCCGACAGUACUGGGGGACACGCCUGUGGGUUGUUAGCUAACUCUCAGAACAGCUGUCAGGCUCCCAGAAUAAAGCCCUGUGGCUGACUGGUUAGCGCCGAGUGUGUGUUGGCUUUCUGGUCGGUCACACAGUACAUGUGACUUGAUUAUUAUGUAAUGCACUUGCAUGCUCACAUCGUCAGUACUGUAUUCAGUUUAGAUACCUGCAGUUCGUCUGAGAGCAGUUGGUUGGUGGCACCCUUUGCCUCUCCCCUGCUAUGUUUGUUUGCCCCUCUUUUGGGGGUGCGGGGGGGGGGGUCAGUAAGCGACCCUGAUCGUCCUGUGGCUCCCAGCUUCCAUUCCAUAUGCAAGUAUUUGAGACAGAAAGGGAACAGAUUGGAAUGCCACACUGCUGUACCCCCCUCUUUUUUUUGUCCCCCCCCCCCCCCCCCCCGCAAAGUGCUGAACUGUGAAGUGGCCUAAGCGUGUCGAUCCGUCCUGCUGUGAGAAGGUGUGGCAGCCGCCCCCCGUCGAGCUGAAGGUUCUAAGCUACAGCUGCUGGUAUUAGUCUUGAGUUAUUAAACGGGAUUCUUUGUGUUCUUCCCCGUGACACAGAGUGGACUCGCCGUGCCUGCAUUUUGUGUUCUGUACUGUAUCAUGACUGAUGAGCAACAGGGUGCUCUGUAGUAAGAGAGAUUAAAGGGUUUUUCCUGUGGCACGUCCCUGUAUGAAUCACGUUGAUUGCAGGUGCUCCUGCGUAAAAGGGACAUGCUGUGUUGUCCCAGAGGUAUGAACGAUACCGCUGUACAGCUUUUGGGUCUGUGCCUUGCUCCUCUACCGCCAUGGAUAGAAAAGGGCUGUGAGCACGAUGUUACAGAAGCAUCACUAACAGCAGGGUUUCCCAAUUUGGUCCGCAGGGACUCCCGGACAGUCCCAUGUUUUUGCUUCCUCCCAGCUCCCAGUAAGGAGGGAGCAGAAAUGUGGACUAUCUGGCAGGGAACUGAGAGAGAGCAAAAACUUGCAACGGGUUGAGGAACUCUGACUCGCGCAUUGAAUUUAUAUGUUUGGCUUUUCAAAACGAGGCCAUCGGAGAUCCCACCUGGGGUAUGGAGCGCUGUCAGAUGCUUCAGGAAACCCGUACUGUGAAGGGGGGGGGUCGCUUUCUGUGCCCAUAGCAUUGAAGUCCAACUGAUUCUCUCAAUGUUUAUGUUCUUUUUUUAAAUAUAAAAUAAAAAGUCUACCACA